AACUGUAGCUUCUAGAACGAUGAAAUGACAAGUUUCCCUUAGAUGCCCAUUGAUCAUGACGACCAUUCGACUACGAGAAUUUGUAGAGCGUCGCCCAUCGAUUCCACCUAGGCUAUAUAUCGCUCACCAAGGAAGGGACCUCAAAGGCUAUUACCCUGGACAACUGGCAAGACUCCAUUUUGAUUACAGUGUGAGGAAGGCUCCAAGACCCCUCAUAGACUUGGCAAUUCCACUCCAGAGCAGAAUACCGUAUCAGCCUCAAUUAGAUCAGCAAACGCUCGUUCGAUACAUUUGUUUUAGAAGAUUGUCAAGGCCUACAGACUUGUGGCAUAAUGAAACAACUUACCAAAGAGACUACUCCCUGCCAUUUUAUGAGCUUGGUUGGGAUCGGAAAUUAGGCACAAUUUCAUCGAAUCCUAGACCAGUUAAUUCAGUACCAGAAGUCUACUGUUGUGGUGGCGAGAGAAGUGGCUUUGCAAGAAGCACUUUUUAAAACUAAAGGCAAACUGUUUGGGAAAUCAAGAUCCAACCUUGAGAACAUGUCAUUUGUUGAAGGGGAUAGCUGUGCUGUGCAGUACAAUGCUUGCCUGCAACACUACCACAUAAACGGGAAAAUAAAAACGAUGUCAAUGUCGUAAUUUGUCAUAAGCUGUUAGCAUCUUGUUGCUGG